AGUUCCACAGCUCUUCUUUGCCAGCCUAGAAUAUAAAUAUAUGUUUAAGGAGAUUUGGAAAUCACAAACCAAAAACUAGAAUUUCAUUUUAUCAAUCUUUCACCAUCAAUAAUCAUCCAACGUUAUAAUCAUUCAACGUUAUGAUGAACUCUCACGGAGAAAUUAGCCAAGUGAAACUCAUCUCCCAAUCUUUUGUGAAACCCAAAAUACAAGUUGAAUCCUCAAAUCAACCUCACUAUUUGGGUAUGAUUGAUCUUGCCUUCUUAUCCCUUGACCAAAUGCAAAAAGGUCUCCUUUUCCAUACUAAACCAGAAAAUAUACAAGCUCAUCUAUUGGACAAGCUCAAAAACUCACUAUCUCAUUCCCUUGUUCAUUUCUACCCCUUAGCCGGUCAAUUAGCCACCCAAAAGUUCCACGACGAACAUGCCAUUUGGGUGUACGUAGAUUGUAACAAGGGUCCUGGAGCUCGCCUUAUCCAUGCUUCCGUUAAUAAUUUGAAAGUUUCUGAUCUGAUCUCGUCUGUUGAUGUGCAUCCCAUUGUCCGGUCAUUUUUUGACCUCGGUGAGAAAGCGGUUAAUCAUGAUGGUCAUACAAGACCUCUUUUGUCAAUUCAAGUAACUGAGCUUCUUGAUGGGGUGUUCAUUGGGUUUACCAUGAACCACUCCAUUGGUGAUGGUACUUCCUUAUGGAAUUUCAUCUCUACCUUGUCUGAAAUAUUACUCCAUUUGGAUGGCAAUAAUAUUGGGGCUAAUGAUGAAAAGUUUAAUGUUUCCAUCUCUCACAAGCCCGUAUUCAAGCCCUUCUAUCCCGACGGAUACGGCCCAAUCCUCAAGUUGCCUUUUCUUGAGCCCAAUGAGUUCAUAACCCGAAAUGUUGAUCAAGGUCCAUUACGAGAAAGAAUAUUCCACUUCUCACCCACUUCAAUGUCAAAACUUAAGGUUAAGGCUAACAAAGAGUGUGGGCUAGCUUACAAUCAUAUAUCUUCCUUCCAAGCCUUGACAGCGUUUAUAUGGAUUUCCAUAACACAUGCUAGAAAUUUGGAACUCGGUCAAGAAACCGACGUCGGGUUGGUGGCAAAUCUGCGACCCAAAAUCAACCCGUCAAUUUCCGGUGACUACUUUGGGGGUUUCGUUAAAAGAGCUCAGGGUAGUUGCAAAGUGGGGGAGCUUUUGGGCCAAGGUUUAGGAUGGGCUUCCAUAUUGGUCCAUGAAGUAGUAAUGGGCCUAGAUGAUAAAGCGAUACGUGCCUUUUUUAAAAGAUUUGUGGAGGCCCCGUUUGUGGUUCAGCCCAGUACGGCUAAUCUUUACUACAAGCCCAACAGCGUGUUGAUUGGUGGAUCAACGAGGUUCGAUAUGUAUGGGUCUGAAUUCGGACUUGGUAAAGCGGUGGGUGUUUUAGCCGGCUACGCUAGCAAAGAAGACGGGAAGGUGACCGCGAAUCCAGGACGUCAAGGGGAUGGAAGCGUUGAUCUAGAAGUAUGUCUAAGACCCGAGAUCAUGAGUAGUCUUGAAUUAGAUGAGGAAUUCAUGAGUUUUGUGUCAGCUGUUUGAAUUGAAUAUUUUAUGUUAUGCAGAUCCUGUAUGGAAUAUUAUCUUAUCUUAUUACUC